AUGAAGGUCGCUUCUGUUCUUGGACUUGCCGGCCUGGCGGCCCUGGCGCAGGGUGCCAGAAUCGCCAGAGACUACGACAAGAACGACUACUAUGUACUGCACCUCGAACCGUCGGUGCAGCCUGGCGAUGUCGCCAUGCGCCUUGGCUUGACGCACGAAGGCCAGCUUGGAGAGCUUACCGACCACCACGUUUUCCGCGCCGAGAAGCAUGAGCGAGAUGUUGUCAGAGAUGAGGUUCGGGAGCGAAGGAGGAGGAAGCGAGACAUUGGCGGGUACGAUGUCCUGGACGGAGUCCUUUUGACCACCAAGCAAAAGGCUCGCAGCCGUCUGCAAAAGCGAAUCAUUCCGCCACGCCCACCCAUGGAUUUGAAUCCCCGUUCUCCUCAGAAGCCGGACGAUACGGCGGUCCGUACACAAGAGAAUGUCAUGAGGGACUUGAGCAUUGCCGACCCGAUAUUCAAGGAUCAAUGGCACCUGUUCAACACGGUGCAGCUUGGCCAUGACGUUAACGUCACUGGGCUCUGGCUCGAGGGCAUUACCGGCAAGAAUGCGACUGUGGCCAUGGUCGACGACGGCCUGGAUAUGUACAGCCGAGACUUGAAAGACAACUACUUUGCCGAAGGUUCUUGGGAUUUCAAUGACAACGACCCGGAGCCGAAACCAGAACUGUCGGACGACAGGCACGGAACGAGAUGUGCUGGUGAGAUUUCUGCGGUGCGCAACGAUGCGUGCGGCGUUGGCGUUGCAUACGACUCCAAGAUUGCAGGCAUUCGAAUUCUGAGCAGCCCUAUCAGCGAUGCAGAUGAAGCCGAAGCCAUGAUCUACAAGUAUCAAGACAACCAAAUCUAUUCAUGUUCAUGGGGACCUCCGGACGAUGGCAGAUCCAUGGAAGCCCCUGAUGUCUUGAUUCGACGAGCUAUGCUCAAGGGCGUCCAAGCGGGUCGUGGAGGCCUUGGCUCGAUCUACGUCUUUGCUAGCGGUAACGGUGCAGCCAGCGGUGACAACUGCAAUUUUGAUGGAUACACCAACUCCAUCUACAGCAUAACAGUCGGUGCAGUCGACCGUGCUGGCCAGCACCCAUACUAUUCGGAGCACUGCUCUGCCCUGCUAGUUGUCACUUACAGUAGUGGUGGCGGUGAUGGCAUUCACACAACCGAUGUUGGAGAAAACGCCUGCUACGGCAUGCAUGGUGGUACAUCUGCCGCGGCACCCCUUGCCGCAGGUAUUUUUGCCUUGGUCAUGCAAGUUCGCCCGGACCUGACUUGGCGAGAUCUCCAAUACCUUGCUAUGGACACAGCCGUCAAGCUUGAUGACCAGACGGAUGCUGAGUGGCAGAACACUGCUGUUGGAAGACAGUUUAGCCACACCUUUGGCUAUGGCAAGAUUGACUCUUACGCUCUCGUUGAAAAGGCCAAGACGUGGAAGAAGGUGAAGCCCCAGGGCUGGUACUUUUCUCCCUGGCUGCACAUCAAGAAGGACAUCCCCGAAGGCAACGACGGGUUGGUCGUGAGUUUUGAUGUGACUCCCGAGAUGCUCAAGAAGGCCAAUUUGGCUCGCCUGGAGCACGUCACUGUCACCAUGAAUGUUGAGCAUACUCGACGUGGCGAUUUGAGCGUGGAUCUGGUCAGCCCUGAGAACGUCAUCAGCCAUAUUUCCGUCGCCCGUAAGCAGGACAACUUCAAAGGUGGUUACGAUGACUGGACGUUUAUGAGUGUCGCCCAUUGGGGUGAGUCUGGCGUUGGCAGAUGGACACUUGUUGUCCGAGACACUGAGGUGAACAACGAAAAGGGCAAAUUUAUUGACUGGCACCUCAAGCUCUGGGGUGAGAGCAUUGAUGCCAGCCAGGCCAAGCUUUUGCCUAUGCCAUCAGAGGAUGACGAUGCCGAUCACGACCAGAUCCUGUCUACUGUAUCAGGUGCAGCCUCAACGAAAACCAACGCAGCAACAAGCUCAACUAAGACGGCGGCUGUCGUGACUAACCCUACCGAUCACCCUGUACGACCGACAAAACCUGGAGCCAAGCCCACAGAGUCAACAAAGCCUCAAGAGGGCCCUGUGGAUGACAAGCCAUCCGACACCGAGCACGAGGCCGCAACUGGCACCGAAUCUGCUCAACCAUCCAGCACAACCAGCGCGUCUUCAUCGUGGGUUUCCUGGCUUCCGACCUUUGGAACGAAGGCCAAGAUCUGGAUCUAUGGCGCAAUUGGCCUGAUUGCCGCUUUCUGCUGCGGCCUCGGUAUCUACCUCUAUAUCGCCCGCCGCCGCCUCCGCAACAACUCCCGCAACAACUACGAAUUUGAGCUCCUCGACGAAGAGGAGACUGAAGGCUUGAAUAGCGCGGAGAAGGGUCCCAAUGCGGGCAAGAAGACCCGACGAACUCGUGGCGGAGAGCUCUACGAUGCCUUUGCAGGUGGUAGCGACGAUGACGACGAGUUUGAUGAGUACAGGGAUCGAUCGGCCGAUAGGUUGGCGGGUCACAAUCCUGAUGAGCCGGAGCACUAUGCCGUUGGCGAGGAUAGUGAUGAUGACCAUAUUGAGGAAAAGCAAAGACUACGGGAUUGA